UCCCUGUGUUUUAACUCCCAGCCCCCCCCCCACGCCCGCCCGCCCGCCCGCCGAGUCUCGGGCGUGUCACUAGCCGGAAGGCGCGUCUCCGGGGCGGCGGCUCGCCGACCUUAACGCCAUUACGUUCCGGCUCGUUGCCAAGUAACCGCCAACUUGAGAGAGGCGGAUCGCCGAGUGGAGGAGCCGUGAAGUGAAGCCGCGGAGGUCGCGCCGACAGGGCCGUUAGCCGCGUUUUCCUCCCCGCCGUGCUUCUCGCGACGCGCUGGGACCGACCCGGUCGGGUUUACAGGGCGGUCUCGUCGCGAUAGAGGGGGGUCUCGUCGCGAUAAGUGGGGGGUGUUGAGCGAGAGCGACUCGUCGUUGCUGAGAGUUGGGCUGACGUCUCAGCGUCGUCGAGGCGGACUCCGCUUCAACCUGUCCUCCGCCGAGGGUUUGCCCUGACGAUGGAGUAGCAGGUGGAUGACAUGUGUCCGGGAGGAAGCCCCGUCCAGUCUGGUAGGUAAGCCACCCACCGCCGGUCGUGAUGGGAGGAAGGAGCGGGUCCUGCUUGUCGCUUUUGCCGUAACGGUCUAGCGGGCACUCGGGCUGGAGGCUUCAUCUAGUUAGGCAUCGAUACGGAUGCUGGACGAUUACGCUGGCCAGCGCUUCCUUUCUGUUUCAGGCUUACUGGGAAGUUGCCAGAUAUGAACACCGUCGUAUUUGAUGAAUAGGAUGUUUUUAUAGUCGAGAAGAUGACGUCAGCGUAAUGUGCAUAACAGCGUGCUGAGCAAUGGGGUCGUAACACUUCUGAGGUAUUGCAGUUAGUGCUCGACACGGGCUUCACCAUUUCUCUAGCAAAUCAGCUUAUCAGCGCUGUCGAGUCGAUUGCUUCGCCUGCUGUGGGAAGUACGGCCCACGUUGGCACCGGUACCUUAAAGGUAUCGGUACUUGAUACCCACCCCUAACCAGACGGUGGCUCUGGCCUUUGUAAUACAACUGUCCUGACUCCUUUCGUCCUUCCUCAGCACUCGCUGAGUUAAGGAUCUGAAAGUGGGCACAUCUGGCCAGCAUGAAGGCCCUGGGAUCCAGGUUUUCCUUCUUUGCCGGGUUCCUGGUGGGAAUCUGCACUCUCUACGUGUUCCUGCGGGAGGCCUGGUUCGAGAGGAAUUUCUUGUCGCGCCAAACGAGUGGCCCGGACAAACCCGUUGACGUACUGGGUGAAUUGGAACAUGACAGGAAGAUCUGGAAGAAGGAGAGGUCUGUGCUGUUCAACCUGCAUCACCCUCACCACAAAGGUGAGGACAGUCGUAUGGCAGAUGAGCUAUACAAAAAAGUCCGUAUUCUUUGCUGGGUGAUGACAGGUCCCAACAACCUGGAGAAGAAGGCAAAGCAUGUGAAGGCCACCUGGAGCCGACACUGCAAUAUUGUAGUGUUCAUGAGCUCUGUGGAUGACCCUGACUUCCCCACUGUAGGCUUGGGCACAAAGGAGGGCCGCGAUCAGCUCUACUGGAAGACUAUCCGGGCCUACCACUAUGCUUAUGAGCAUCACGGUCACGAGGCCGACUGGUUCCUCAAGGCAGACGACGACACCUAUGUCAUCGUGGACAAUUUGCGCUGGGUUCUGGCCAACCGCACACCAGAUGAGCCCAUCUACUUUGGGCGAAGAUUCAAGCCCUAUGCCAAGCAGGGCUACAUGAGUGGCGGCGCAGGCUAUGUGCUGAGUAAAGAGGCUCUGCGGAGAUUUGUGGAAGGCUUCAAAAACAAGGUGUGCACUCACACCACCUCGGUAGAGGACUUGGCGAUGGGGCAGUGCAUGGAGAAAGUCGGGGUGAAGGCUGGAGACUCUAGAGACACUGCACAUAGGGAGACCUUUCACCCCUUUGUUCCUGAGCAGCACCUCACAACCAAGUUCCCCAAGAGCUUCUGGUACUGGAGCUAUUGCUACUACCCAAUUUCAGAGGGCCCAAAUUGCUGCUCGGACCUGUCCGUGUCUUUCCACUAUGUGGAUGCUACACUCAUGUAUGUACUGGAGUACUACACCUACCACCUGCGUGCCUUUGGCUACAGGCACCGAUAUCAGCCCCCCUCUCCCAAGAACUAUGAGAUCCUGGACUCGGUAGAUUCCCAGGAUGCAUCGGAGGCAGACGCCAAAGAGGGCGGAAUCAAAGAAAUGGCUUCUGAAGGGAAGGGGGGUGGAGAGGGGGAACAUCUGCCCAAAUUAGACAAGGGACAGGAGGUUAAUCUUCCUCCUUUUGCUGAGAAAGGCCCUCCUGCUGUGCCACCAGAGAAGAGGCGGUAGUGCCGUGUGCGUCUGGUUGUACAGGUUGAUGUGUGGUUGUACUCAAGAUGGACGACAGCUUAGGAGGACAAGGAUGUUUGUUAGGACAGAUCAUCUCAGCAAACAGUCAGUGCAGUGUUAAAGUCCACCUAUGUUGAAGGAUUACAGUUGUUUUGAUAUGUAACUGCAAGUCUGGCCUUGCGGAUGAAUUGGUUUUUCACUUUUAGUCUUGUUUUUUAGUUGUUGUUGUUUUUUUUUUUUUAAAACUUUAACUCCAGGAACUCUCUAUGUUCAGAGUUAAUAGCAUUCGGUAAGCAGUGUUCAUUUGAGUAGUAUCUGAAGCACCGUUUUAAUUUCAGUCCAUUUACCAGUUCUUCGGCAUUCUGGUUUACCAUGCAGGUAAUGGGUACACUGGUGUGAAUUAGGUUCAUCUGUUGGCUAUUCCUGAAUAGCGGGUCUUGGAAAAUUCCACGAGCACUUGAUGAACUACGCCCUGCUACUGGGAGACCUUUGACAGAACAAGUCUGACUUCAUCGCUGAAUACUUUCACACGUUCCAUGAACUCUCCUAGGACUACUGUUGAAAAGCUUGUUUUACAGUGGAGAAUACUUCUAUUUCUGGAGACUGCAGGCUUAGCGGUUCUUUUUUUCUUACCCUAUUAGCCUAUGACUCUACAUCAGCUGCUGAUUGUGGGUCAGCUGUUACUGGCCCUGUUCCUCUCCUUCGUCCUAAUGUUCGUUUGCUUGUGCCUUGCAGAUUGAGAUUGUUUUAACCAUCAGCUGCACACGUGAAAUUGCACUGUGACAUUCGUACAAUGAAGCCAAUGCUUUGAGAUGGAGAGGAGCAUUUUGCAUCCUGAUGAGGUAGGGAGGACGCCCUUUGGGCAAGCCACCAGACAACAUUUUAUCGAUUGCCUUUUUGAGUGAGCGACGGGUUUUUAUUUCUUCCAUUUUAGUACGUAUGUUUGUAAUUUCUUUGACAAAAUUUAUUUUGAAUUUGGGUGGUCGGCGGGUUCCUUUUCAGUUAUUAUCCUUUGUGAAAUACACGGAACACUUCCUUUACUGCUUUGUAGAUAAACAGAUACUUUUUACUUGUUUUAUGAAUUUAUUCUGCUGGAGGUCAUUACCAGUUACAGGACAACUGAAAAUGGCGAAUUGCAUGAGGUAAGAUUUGCUAAUGUCACCUUUUUCUCCCCCUCAAAAAUCAGUCAUUGCAUUACAUUAUAUUUCUUGUGGGGUGGGGGGAGUCAUCUUAAGACUAAUGGUUUUUUGGUUGUUUUUUUUUAAUUUAUUACCACUGAAAUAUGUUUCUUCCCUCAGCCUUACUUAGAAUUAUGCGACGUAAUCGGUCCUCACUGCGAUGCCUUUAGGGUUCCCACAUUAGGGUUACUACGUGCACUCUGGCUGUACGUGAGCACGGAGCAUGUGGGAUCUCAUUUUGUGUGAAACAGAAAGACCUGUCGAUACCAUAUCAUCGUGUCUUAAAUAAUGACUCCUUUCGAAAUCAUAAACAUUUAUUUCAGAGUUAAUUUAUUUGGACCACUUACACCGUGGUAUGAGACUGGCCUGACUCGUUGGUGUGGGCGGUGCAGGUUGUGAUGGAUCAGUGGUUCUUUGGCUCAUAUAGAUUCCUGUCAGUAACCAUUCCGGGGCUCUUAUGGAAGUAUACUGGAACAGAAAUACCCAGUCAUUGACAAUCUAUUUGAUUCUGCAUCCUAAUCUUGUUUAAAGGGAACAUUGUGAAGUACUGUAUUUAUGUUUUGGAUUUAUUUAUGUUGGUAAUGACUCAACUUGUGUCGACACAAUAAAUGUGCUUAAUAGCUUUGAGCGAGUGUGAAUACACUAUGAUCAGAGUGUAGUGUCGUUUUAAUGAUUGAUACUUUAAUUGAUAUGAAUAAAUUCGUA